AGCUGUGAGGAAGGAUCUUGUUAUCCAACUAUUGGAGAUCUUCUUGUGGGACGUAAUAGGCAGCUCUCAGCAUCAUCAACAUGUGGACAGGAUGAACCUCAAAGAUAUUGCAUCAUCAGCUAUCUAGAGGAUGAUCAGAAAUGUUUUAUGUGUGAUUCCAGAUAUCCAUAUGAUCCAUAUAAUUACCCAAACAGUCACCAAAUUGAAAAUGUUAUAACAACAUUUGAUUCAGAUUGGAAGAAAAGAUGGUGGCAAUCGGAAAAUGGCAUUGAUUACAUCAGUAUUAGAUUGGAUUUAGAAACAUUGUUUCAGUUCAGCCAUCUGGUAAUUACCUUCAAGGUACUGUACACUUUUAUUUACUUAAAUAAUACAAAUGUUAUAAUAUUAUAA